CAGAAACUUCUCCAGAGGGGAAAGUAUUGGAAUCGGUUUCAAAGGGGGAAAAGACCAGAUUUUUGAGCGCAUCCAAAUUGCAUUGCACAUGCCGGACAAAUCUUAAAUAAUAAUAAAGAGGCAAUGUUUUUGUAGCAGAAAGCCCAAUUUAGAUUUUUGCUCAGUUUUACCUGUUAAUUGGAUGUUUUCAAAAACAGAAUAUUUCACGCUUCUUUUAGAAGUCUCACAGUGCGGUAUUUCAGCAGUUUGGAUCUUUUUAACUCAACGGUAUUUUUAUAGUCUGAUGACCUGAGUGAGUCUGAUGACCCGAGCAUUUUGAACAAAUCACUGGCGCUUAAUUUUUUAUCGGAAGUAAAGAAAAAAGACAAGAAGAUGAUACACAAUUUUUUCGUGGUGGUUACAUUUUUCUUGGGUUUGUCCCGGUGCUACUGCUCGUAUGUCCCUUGCGAGCCCUGUGAUCAGAAGGCGCUCUCCAUGUGCCCUCCAGUGCCUGUCGGCUGCGAGCUGGUGAAGGAGCCGGGCUGCGGCUGCUGCCUGACCUGCGCUCUCUCGGAAGGUCAGGCGUGCGGCGUUUACACCGGAACAUGCACACAUGGGCUCCGGUGCUUGCCACGGAACGGUGAAGAGAAGCCUCUUCACGCCCUUCUUCACGGUAGAGGAGUGUGCACAAAUGAAAAAGGAUACAAGCCUCUCCAUCCCCCGAUAGAUCGUGAGUCCAAAGAACAUGAGGACACGAUUAAGACAGACAUGACCGAGGACCAGAUGCAUCAGGCCAAAGCCCCCCUGCAUAAACAAGACAUGAUCAACAGCAAGAAGGUCAUAGCUUUGCAUAAGGACAGGAAGAAGAAGGAGGAGAAGCAGAGGUCCCUGGGCCAGACAAACUACUCACCACUUCCCAUUGACAAGCAUGAACCAGAAUAUGGUCCAUGCAGAAGAAAGCUGGACGGGAUUAUUCAGAGCAUGAAGGACACUUCACGUGUCAUGGCUCUGUCCCUCUAUCUCCCCAACUGUGACAGAAAGGGCUUCUUUAAGCGAAAGCAGUGCAAGCCCUCCCGUGGCCGGAAACGAGGCAUCUGCUGGUGUGUGGACAAAUACGGGGUGCAGCUGCCAGGAACCGACUACAGCGGAGGCAACAUCCAGUGCAAGGACCUGGAGAACAGCAACAACAACAACGAGUGAGGAGUUGUCCCGCUCCCAGAUCACCUGACCCUAGGGCCCACCUUCUUCUUUCCUUCCCACCUGUUCACCCGCCAGUCACUUUGAGAUUGUGAUACUAAGCAAAACAAAAAUCAAAGUAAACGAAAAACAGAACAGAACAAUAACGAAAAAUGAAAAAGCAGGAAAAAACGACACAGGAAUUCUGAGCGCUCAUCUCUAACUCACGGGACCCAGCAAGUCAGAGUCUUUCUCUCUCUCUCGCUAUUAAGGAAUCCCCUGCUAGAAGCUGGGUCCCAGCAAAAUAGAUAAAUAAAUAAAUAAAAAUAUAUACAUGCAAUUAUAUAUUUUUUAUAGAAGCUGGGGUUUGAGCACCAUACCAUUUUGUUUAAAGUUAACAUAAGACAGAAAAGAAUAUAUGGCAUGUUUGUUAUUAACAGGGCUAUCUUGGUUUUUUUUACAUCUAUUGUUGUUGAGGUGUCAGAAGAGAUAGCAAAGAAUUUCACUAUUGGAAGAGCUGUUUUUUGUUUGUUUGUUUUCCAAAA